AUGGUGCGAAGGAAAAUUACAGGCGCUGUUGAUGCGCUAGCACCACGGACCGACCAUAAGUGCGAACGAGCAGUCGAUCCCUACGAUGUGCCCGACGACAACGCAGCCAUAAAGAAGCGGCGACGGACCGCUAACGUCGAUUUGAAUGCCCAGAGCCCCAUAAUUAACGACGAUGAGGUGGAAAAUGACGAAAAUGUACCUCAGCCAGAGUUAGAACCGACCCCUAGGAAGCGAAGGGGUCGACCACCCAAAGCUGCUCCAACAGUGACAAACGGUCAAGCCACGACUCAUUCAGCGCAACGACAACGAACAGUGCAAGCAGUGACCCCGAUAAAAUCCAACGGCGUCGAUACACCUAGUAGGCGGAGCAUUGCCGACAGGUCGGCUCGCAAGAAGAGUGCUCGGGCGCUCAUUGAGCGGGUUAUGGGGGACGCAGUCAGCGACGACGAGCUUGAGGACAGGGAUAUUGCGCGGGAGAUAUACGAAUCCAGCGAAGAGGAGCAGGAAGAAGAGGAUGACGAGGAGCAGGAACAGGAGGAGGAGCAGGAGCCAGCAACGCCCUCAAAUCGAGGGAGACCUGGGCGAAAGCCCAGGGCCCGAGCUCGAAAACGCUCCCCAACACCUCCGCGCGACCUCCCUCCCCACGAGCAAUACUUCUACCAAAACAAGCCUGGGUUGACCAAGACAUCGUCUAACACCCUCUCCUCGCUCAAGCUCCUCACCCACGAAGAAUACUUCUCUCUCCUACCCAAGCUCAAAGACUCGCAUGCAGCAGAUGUUGACUUCCUACACUCCCUCCAUGCUGAAUCUUUCCCCCAGUGGGCCUUCGAGAUGUCCCAGGGGUUUACACUAUGCCUCUAUGGUUACGGCUCUAAGCGUCGGCUCCUCCACAACUUUGCCUGUUACCUUAACUCUAAUUAUCCCAGCCCGAAUCAUCGUAUUGUCAUAAUAAACGGCUACGUACGCACCCUCACAGCCCGCGAUAUCCUCACUACCCUCUUAUCAGCACUCUCCCCAAACCCAGACUCAACCUCCGACCUCACCCCAACAAUCUCAGCUCUCCUAAGCCAACUCUCCUCAACCCCCCUAACCCUAACCUUACUCAUAAACUCCGUCGACUCCCCCUCCCUCCGAAAAUCUGCCCUCCAAUUCCUCUUCUGCACACUAGCUUGUCACCACUCACACAAAAUUCGUCUCGCCCUCGCAGCCGACACACCCGAUUUUUUCUUCCUCUGGGACGCCUCGGCCCGGGCCCAACUCAACCUUGCCUUCCACGACGCCACGACCUUUGCUCCCCGUGCACCCUGUGAGAUCGACGUUGUCGACGAGGUGCACGAGCUCCUUGGUCGGAAGGCGAGACGCGUGGGGGGGAAAGAGGGUGUCAUCUUCGUGCUGCGAAGUUUGCCCGAGAACGCGAGGAGUUUGUUUCGGUUGCUGGUCGGCGAGGUGUUGGUCGCUAUGGAGGAUGAGAGUAAGAAUGGGGAAGAGGCUGCUGUGGAGUAUCGGAUGGUGUAUCAGAAGGCUGUAGAAGAGUUCAUUUGCAGUUCGGAGAUGGCAUUUAGGACUUUGUUGAAAGAAUUUCAUGAUCACCAGAUCAUUGCUAGUCACAAAGAUGCUAUUGGCACCGAGUUGCUAAGCCUCCCCUUUAGGAAGGAGGAGCUUGAGUCGAUUCUUGAGGAGCUUACUGCAUGA